CUGGGUUGUGUAGCCCGAAGCUGCGCCACGCUUGCUUAGAUUUGAUCAGUCAGUCCAGUCGGUCCAGUCAAAUCCUACUGAUCGUCCCUCCCAUGCGUAAUAAAUACAACCGUCUUACGCACCUUAUUCUUUUCGGUGCAUCUUUGCUCACGUAUCACUGUUACAUCUUUAUUUAUUAUUGUCGCUCGCCGUUGCUGGGUCAGUCGUCAUUUUUCCAUCUUCGACCAUUUUAUCAAACCAUCAAACCAUAUAACCUUAGGUACCUACAUAACCUACCUUCGUUUAAGUCAACGGCCUGCACUCGUUUAAAAAAAAAAAAACUACAACAACCGUAAAACAAUUAGAUUCCUCUCGGUCGCACAUCGACUGGUAUACAUCAUGGGUGUUGGAAGAUUUGUCUGCGUGGCUCUGCCAUUCAUAUUGACAGUAGGCAGCAUCAUUGCUAUGCUGAUUGCUGGCCUCACCGGUGUUACCAACAACGGUCUAUUCAUUUUCGAAAUCGAUACUAGGAACGUUACUAUCGAUGCCCAAACCCUUCAAAGCCUCAUCGGCAACAUUACCAACGCCGAAAGCAUAUCGGAUCAGGUUGACGACGCCGUAAACAACGGCCAAAAGGCUGUUAGCCAAAAUAUUCAUAAUCCCUUGAAUCAGCACAACACCCGCUCGCCAGCCCCGCAAGAUACCUCAGAUAUCUCCGGUAUCAUCGGCAGUCUCACCGGUUCCGGUGACAACAUCACCGCCGCUGAGCUUGGUAUCGACAAGAUCUACCAGUUUACUCUCUGGAACUACUGCGCCACAACAUCCGACGGUGCAAAGAACUGCACUAAGGCCAAGUUCAACUGGGCUGAGGAGGAUCUCAACACCUCGUGGGUUGAUGAAUUUGGCAAGCAGCUUGGUGGUGCUAACAUUACCAUUCCCGAUGAGGUGAACGACACCUUGAGCACUUUCAAGACCCUCAUCAAGUGGACCGAGGUUGUCUACGUCAUUGCUAUGAUUGGCCUUGCCCUUGAAUUGGUCGUUGGUCUGUUCACCGCCUGCUCUCGCCUGGUCUCAUGCCUGACUUGGGUCAUAUCUGGUAUUGCUACUGCCUUUGUUAUUGCUGCUGCAUCUAUGAUGACUGCGCUAGCUGUUAUCGUGGUCGGUGUAACGAAGGGCGCCACGUCGAAGUACGGUGGAGACGCCAGCUGGAACACCAACUUCUUGGCUUGCGUUUGGAUUGGUGUUGCCUUCGCGCUCGGUGCCAGCUUCUUCUGGCUCUUCUCCAUCUGCUGCUGCAAGCCCGAGAACCGACCCUACAACCGACGAGCGGGACACGGUGCCGAGGGUGAGAAGUUCAUUCCCAAUGGCUCAUACGCGCCGCUCGGUGAUAACCGCAACUCCGGGUACAACUACGGUGCCCCGCAGCGUGGUGGUGCCCGCUCGGAUCUGGCCUACGAGCCCUACUCUCACGCCCAUUAAAUACGGAGAAUAUCAGUCAAUCUACAAUGAAAUGGAUGGUUACAGAUCUGUAAUAUUUGCGUUCUGCUGGCGUUUGGGCCUGGGUAUGACAAGACUGGAUGAUCGCGGUAUCUGCAAAAGCUACCGGAGAUAUUUAUGUAUGGGGUAGAUAAGGUGGUUUCCCGUGAUGGGAAAAUUGCGAAUUCUUAUGAUAUCAAUCCGGAAUAUAAUGAUCUAGGGUGAAUGGCUUCAUAUAGGACCUAAAUAUCAUACGUAUCUAUUAAAGAUACUCUUUCCCUUUUGGAAUAUAAAUCUGGUAUAUUGUGCCCCUGUGUGAAGAUAUCGUGGAUAGCCUUUCAUUGUUAACUACCGAAACUAGCUCUAGUGUGUACAUACGUUGCUGGCCUAUUGAGGACUGAGCGGUGUGGUCGAACCGGAGCUUAGAGC